AUGAUUCAUUCUUCCACCACCCUGCGCCCUCCACCCUCCCCUUCCCGUCCGCCAUGCAGCCUGCAGAGCACAGCCGCCAUCAACGCCGUGACAGACGCACUCUAUUUCUCAUUCACCUCCGUGGUGGCCCUUGUCACCUUCGUCACCUUCACGCGCCUCGGCGGGCAUCUCACCGCCUCCUCUGUGUUCUACGUGCUCACGCUCUUGGAGGUAAGUUUUGGGACGUCUCAAAACGAGGUGGCCCUUGUCACCUUCGCCACCUUCACGUGCCUUGGAGGGCAUCUCACGGCGUCAUCAGUGUUCUACGUGCUCACGCUUCUCGAGCACCCACUCAUGGAGGUACGUGGGAUGGGAGGGUAUUGCAUCGGAUUGACAGGGAUAGCCUGCGUGCUCUCACAGCACCCACUCAUGGAGGUGCGUGGGAUGGGAGGGUAUUGCAUCGGAUUGACAGGGAUAGCCUGCGUGCUCUCACAGCACCCACUCAUGGAGGUGCGUGGGAUGGGAGGGUAUUGCAUCGGAUUGACAGGGAUAGCCUGCGUGCUCUCACAGCACCCACUCAUGGAGGUGCGUGGGAUGGGAGGGUAUUGCAUCGGAUUGACAGGGAUAGCCUGCGUGCUCUCACAGCACCCACUCAUGGAGGCCGCCCCGCACGGAGCCACCCACAAAGAAGCCCCUUUCCAGAACGGCUAUGCAGCACUGCUCCCAGAAGAGCGCCACUGUGCCCAUGAGGCGCUUUUUGAGUCUACUCAAGGAGCGCCGUCGCAUUCACAGAAUGGUUCUGCAUUGCUCUCAGAAGAGCCCCCCAACGCCAUUGACACCCAAGCCACCACCGAGCCUCUCAAAUCCACAGCUGCUACUCUCACAGCACCGAGUCUCCAGUCCCCACCAUCCUCAGAGCUCGCUUCACUGCCCAGCCAUCGCCUCUCCUCCCCCUCUGCUCCCACUCGCCUUCCUUCCACCCCCCGUGCUGCCUUGGUGCUUGAAGGGGCUUCGUUUUCUUGGGGAGAAACAGCGGGAGACGUUCAGUGCGAGGGGGAGAUGGAGGACGACGAGGAAGAAGAAGGAUUGAGCAGAGGGAGUGAAAGUGAUGCGCUUCUAGUGGCAUCGGCAGGGCAUGUUAUGGAUUUCACUGACACCCGGUGCAGGGACGAUUGGUGUAGGGGCUAUGGCAGCAUGGGCGAUGGGUGCAGCAGCUAUGGCACAGGUUAUGGCACGGGCUACAGCUUCGCACACGUCCCCUCAGCUUUCCGCAUGUGUUUCCCACAGCGGUUCUCGGGCCUUCACACUGCUGCUCCUUCCCCUGCUGCUGCUGCUGCUGCUGCUGCUGCUGCGAGCGCGCCUGUGAAAGCAAAGGAGGAGCAAGAGGGGCAGCGGGAGAUGGGCUGCGGAGGCGAGGCACUGAGCGGAUGGGUGGAGGGAGUGAGCGAGAGGCUGGGGGAGGCGGAGCUGCUGGGAGUGACUGGCAAGGUGAGAGGGAGAGGCCGUGGGAGUGACUGGCAAGCAUCACUUUUCUCCCGUCCAUGCCACCAGCCUUUCCUCAUCGAGGGGACGGUGCGCGACAAUAUCCUCUUUGGCACACCGCUACACGAGACCUUGUAUGCCAAGGUGUCCUCCCCUCGCCCCCCUCUCUGCUUUCCCCAUCCACUCAAGGUGUUGGACACCUGUGCCCUCUCUUGGACUGUCGAGGUGGUGGACGCCUGUGCCCUGCGCGCGGAUCUGGCCCUGUGGCCGCGUGGCGAUGCCUCAUUGGUGGAGGAGGGCGGGGGUAACCUCAGCGGUGGGCAGAGGGCGCGCGUGUCGCUCGCCCGGGCGGCCUAUGCUGCCCUGCACUGCUGCGCGGGCGCAUCACAACGGAGUACACGCCCGUUAAGUCCCUCUCUCUCUAUCCCAGCAUCCUCUUGCUGUCAUCCUCAUCCUCCCUCUCUCUCCCUCUUCUCCCCUGUCUUUGUUCUACUCCCCUCCUCACCCUCCCAUCCCCAGCUGCGACAGAGUGUUGGUGCUGGAAGGCGGCAGAGCAGUGGCGUGUGGCGCAUGGAGUGA